CUCAAAAAUCUUGCACCAGAAAAGCAUUUUCCAAAUUUCCACCUACCACGCCUUCCAUCGCUAUUCCCACCUAAACAAUCUUAUAAUCUUAUAACACUACGAAAUUGAAAGUCUCUUAACCACCAAACCAUCCACAAAUCGUCGACGCCACAACUUUUCUGCUUUCCCUCCGCCACACCAAACCUCCAUGGCGUCGUCUUUCUGCCCAAAACAGGCUUUAUCUUUCACCAGUUCAGCCCACCAACUUCAUCAAUCCAGAGCAAUUCCACGUGACAUCCACGUGCGUUUCCCUUCUUCCGGCUCUUUACCUUCUUCUUCCAGGUGUGGGGUGAAGUCGAGUGCCGCACGAUUUAAGGUGCUGGCAACUUCUGCGACGAAAGUGAUGGAUCAGUCGCCGAGUAAAGCGAGUUCUGAGGCUCCUACAGUUGUUGAAGUGGAUCUGGGUAAUCGGAGCUACCCGAUUUAUAUUGGGUCUGGACUUCUUGAUCAACCUGACCUCCUUCAAAGACAUAUUCAUGGGAAGAGAGUCCUUGUAGUUACUAACACUACAGUUGCCCCUCUAUAUCUUGAUAAAACUAUAAGUGCUUUGACAGACGGAAACCCUAAUGUUACUGUAGAAAGUGUCAUUUUGCCAGAUGGUGAGCAAUUUAAAAACAUGGAUACUCUAAUGAAAGUCUUUGAUAAAGCCAUCGAAUCAAGGCUGGACCGUCGUUGUACAUUCGUCGCCCUCGGUGGUGGAGUCAUAGGUGACAUGUGUGGAUAUGCUGCCGCUUCCUACCUGCGUGGAGUUAAUUUUAUUCAGAUUCCUACAACUGUUAUGGCACAGGUAGAUUCUUCAGUUGGAGGCAAAACUGGAAUAAACCAUCCGCUUGGUAAAAAUAUGAUUGGAGCAUUUUACCAACCACAGUGUGUGCUUGUAGACACGGACACCCUGGAUACUUUACCAGAUAGAGAAUUAGCAUCCGGCCUUGCAGAGGUGAUAAAAUAUGGACUCAUUAGAGACGCUGAGUUCUUUGAGUGGCAAGAGCAGAAUAUGCCAUUAUUAUUAGCAAGGGACCCCACUGCAUUUACCUAUGCUAUCAAGCGUUCCUGUGAAAACAAAGCAGAGGUUGUUUCUUUAGAUGAGAAGGAAAGCGGACUGAGGGCAACUUUGAACUUGGGUCAUACCUUUGGUCAUGCAGUUGAGACUGGCUUUGGCUAUGGGCAGUGGCUUCACGGAGAAGCAGUAGCUGCUGGAACGGUCAUGGCUGUUGACAUGUCACGCCGCCUUGGUUGGAUUGAUGAUUCACUGGUACAACGGGUGCAAAAUAUCUUACAACAGGCAAAGCUGCCAACUUCACCUCCAGAAACUAUGACUGUAGAGAUGUUCAAGUCUAUCAUGGCUGUUGAUAAAAAAGUGGCAGAUGGGAAGCUAAGACUCAUCCUUCUAAAAGGUCCGCUAGGUAACUGUGUCUUUACCGGUGAUUAUGACCAGAAGGCCCUCGAUGAAACACUGCGUGCAUUUUCCAAAUCUUAAACAGUCGUGGAUGUAACAUACAAGUAAAUGCUUGGUUAAAAAACGAAGCCAUAGUGAUCUGCUACAAACAACCCUUAGUCCUUUCUCUGAAAAGGUUGCUCAAGGUUGUAGGCAGCUCUGGUUUCGCUUGGAGGUAUGCGCAUGCCCUCCAUGAAAUACUAGAUGCCUUUUUGCUAGUUUUUACCCUUGGUUAGUGUAAUAUUUUGUCCGGCUUUCAAAUCUUUGUAUACAGCAUUUGUGUGUGUAUUUCUAUGCCGUCAUUUGUUCAUUAUACUUGUACGGCCUUAUCUUGUUGGAUACUGGCUUAAUAGCUUAAUAGUGGAGCCCCAUUAACUGUUGUACCAAGAAUAUUCAUAAUGGAUGAGUUGUCUCUUCAAUUAAUAUACUUGCUGAAUCAAAUUAUGCUC